AUGGUAUUAGGAUCACUCCAAAUCUCUGCCAAUAGAGACUUGGGGUUAGAAUUAAUCAAUGAGAAGGAAGAUUUCGCUUCAAAGUUAUCACCUUUCUGUUCAUCAGUUCAAUUUUUAAAGGUGGAUAAUGCCGAUAACCAUGAAUUCAAUUAUGUAUUAGCAUCACAAGAAGAGUUUGAAAAGUUAUGUGGAGGUGUGCAAUACCUUUCUAAUGCUGAAGAAGUUGAUGAUGAUAAAUUAUUGAUUGUUCAAUUAGCUAGAAAUGACGUUUUAAAAGUAUCAAACAAAGGAUUAUUCCAUAAUUAUCAAUUCUUUACUCCUGGAAUCUUUAUGUGUUUGAUUGUUUCGGGAUUUUUGAUUUUAAUCUUUUCGGUAGCUUUGAAAUGGACCAGUUCUAUUGAAAUCAGUUACAGUAGUUUUGAAAAAGAAGUUGAUUAUGAGAAGAAGAAUGAGUAG